AUGGAGGUGGACGCCGACGAGAAGCGUCAUCGCACACGGUCCAAAGGGGUUCGAGUUCCCGUGGAGCCAGCCAUCCAGGAGCUGUUCAGCUGUCCCACGCCCGGCUGUGAUGGCAGCGGCCAUGUUAGUGGCAAAUAUGCAAGACACAGAAGUGUAUAUGGCUGCCCCUUGGCCAAGAAAAGAAAAACACAAGAUAAGCAGCCCCAAGAGCCUGCUCCCAAGAGGAAGCCGUUUGCGGUGAAGGCGGACAGCUCCUCGGUGGACGAGCGCUAUGAGAGCGACGGGUCGGAUGACACGGACGAGAAGGAGGAGGACGAGGAGGAGGAGGACUCGGAGGAUGAGGACGAGCCGAGGGAGGACGAGGAGGACCGCGAGGAGGAGGAGGAACUGGAGGAGGAACUAGAGGAUGAGGAUGAUGAGGACGGGGAGGAGGACGAGGAGGACGAGGAGGAUGACGAGGACGAGGAGGAGGACGAGGAGGAGGAAAACGAAGACCAUCAAAUGAACUGUCACAGUAGUCGCAUAAUGCAAGACACAGAAAAGGAUGAUAAUAAUAAUGAUGAGUAUGAUAACUAUGAUGAGCUGGUGGCCAAGUCCUUGUUGAAUCUUGGCAAGAUUGCCGAGGACGCAGCGUACCGGGCCCGCACGGAGUCCGAGAUGAACAGCAACACCUCCAAUAGCCUGGAAGACGACAGUGACAAAAACGAGAACUUGGGUCGGAAAGGCGAGUUGAGUCUGGACUUGGACAGUGAUGUCGUUAGGGAAACGGUGGACUCCCUGAAAUUACUAGCACAAGGACAUGGUGUGGUGCUGGCGGAGAACAUGAACGACAGGAGCUACGCAGACACCAUGUCGCAGCAGGACAGUCGGAACAUGAACUACGUGAUGCUGGGGAAGCCCCUGAACAACGGGCUGGGGGAGAAGCUGGUGGAGGAGAGCGACGAGGAGGUGUGUCUGAGCAGCCUGGAGUGCCUGCGCAACCAGUGCUUCGACCUGGCCCGCAAGCUGAGCGAGACCAGCCCGCAGGACAGGAACCCGCAGCCCAGCCUCAGCGGCCGCCCACACAUCCGGCCAGAGGAUGACUUCUCGGGCAGGACGCCGGACAGGAGCUACUCGGACAUGAUGAACCUGAUGAGGCUCGAGGAGCAGCUGAGCCCCAGGUCGAGGACUUUCUCCAGCUGCGCAAAGGAGGACGGGUACCACGAGAGAGAUGACGACACAGCCUCCGUCACCUCCGACAGGUCCGAGGAGGUGUUCGACAUGACCAAGGGCAACCUGACCCUCCUGGAGAAAGCCAUCGCUUUGGAAACGGAGAGGGCGAAAGCCAUGCGGGAGAAAAUGGCCAUGGAGGCUGGCAGGCGGGACAGUAUGAGGUCGUAUGAGGAGCAGUCGCCAAGACAGCUGCCCGGGGAGGAGAGGAAGCCCAAACCCAGCGACAGCCAUGUCAAAAAGCCAUACUAUGGUAAAGAUCCCUCGAGAGCAGAAAAGAAAGAGAGCAAGUGUCCAACCCCAGGGUGCGAUGGAACUGGCCACGUAACUGGGCUGUACCCGCAUCACCGCAGCCUGUCCGGAUGCCCGCACAAAGAUAGGGUCCCUCCGGAAAUUCUUGCCAUGCAUGAGAAUGUUCUCAAGUGUCCUACUCCGGGCUGCACAGGGCGCGGGCAUGUAAAUAGCAACAGGAACUCUCACCGAAGCCUCUCUGGAUGCCCUAUUGCUGCAGCGGAGAAGCUGGCAAAGGCCCAGGAAAAGCACCAGAGCUGCGACGUGUCCAAGUCCAGCCCGGCCUCAGACCGGGUGCUCAGGCCAAUGUGCUUUGUAAAGCAGCUCGAGAUCCCUCACUACGGCUACAGGAACAACGUCCCCACGACCACGCCGCGCUCCAACCUGGCCAAAGAGCUGGAGAAAUACUCCAAGACGUCGUUUGAGUACAACAGUUACGACAGCCACACGUACGGCAAGCGGGCCAUAGCUCCCAAGGUGCAAACCAGGGACAUAUCCCCCAAAGGAUAUGAUGCGAAGCGGUACUGCAAGGACGCCAGCCCCAGCAGCAGCACCGCCAGCAGCUACGCGCCCAGCAGCAGCAGCAACUUGAGCUGUGGCGGCGGCAGCAGCGCCAGCAGCACCUGCAGCAAGAGCAGCUUCGACUACACGCAUGACAUGGAGGCAGCCCACAUGGCGGCCACCGCCAUCCUCAACCUGUCCACACGCUGCCGCGAGAUGCCGCAGAACCUGUCCACGAAGCCGCAGGACCUGUGUGCCACACGGAACCCUGACAUGGAGGUGGACGAGAACGGCACGCUGGACCUGAGCAUGAACAAGCAGAGGCCGAGGGAGGGCUGCUGCCCGAUCCUGACCCCGCUGGAGCCCAUGUCCCCGCAGCAGCAGGCCGUGAUGAGCAGCCGGUGCUUCCCGCUGGGCGAGGGGGACUGCUGGGACCUGCCCGUGGACUACACCAAGAUGAAGGCCCGAAGGGUAGAGGAGGACAACUCCAAGGAGAUCACUCCGGAGGACCUGGACCCCUUCCAGGACGCGCUGGAAGACAGAAGGUACCCGGGGGAGGUGACCAUCCCGAGCCCCAAGCCCAAGUACCCGCAGUGCAAGGAGAGCAAGAAGGAUCUGAUAACUCUGUCGGGCUGCCCGCUGGCUGACAAGAGCAUCCGGAGCAUGCUGGCCACCAGCUCGCAGGAACUCAAGUGCCCCACCCCUGGCUGCGACGGCUCUGGGCACAUUACCGGCAACUACGCUUCCCAUCGAAGCCUUUCAGGGUGCCCGCGAGCCAAGAAGAGCGGCAUCCGGAUAGCGCAGAGCAAGGAGGACAAGGAAGACCAGGAGCCCAUCAGGUGCCCCGUUCCGGGUUGUGACGGCCAGGGCCACAUCACCGGGAAGUACGCCUCCCACCGCAGCGCCUCCGGCUGCCCCCUGGCGGCCAAGAGGCAAAAGGACGGGUACCUCAAUGGCUCCCAGUUCUCCUGGAAGUCGGUCAAGACGGAGGGCAUGUCCUGUCCCACACCCGGCUGCGAUGGCUCCGGGCACGUCAGCGGCAGCUUCCUCACACACCGCAG